AUGGCUGUGCUCGUAACCGGUUCUACUGGGUUCAUAGCCCAACAUAUCGUCAAGCUCCUCCUUUCCAAAGGCUACGAUGUCAUUGGAACGGUCCGUCUGGACGCCAAAGGCGAGAAAUUGUUGAAAAAUACGGCUGCUGUUGGUCCCGGCAAAUUCUCAUACGAAAUCGUGCCCGAUAUGGUGCAAAAAGGCGCAUUUGAUGCGGUGUUCAGAAACCACCCUGAGAUCUCAGUUGUUCUCCACACUGCUUCGCCUUUUUUGCUCGACACAACAGACUAUGAAAAAGAUUUGAUUAUUCCUGCGGUUGAGGGAACUUCCAAUAUUUUGGGCGCUAUCAAGGCCCAUGUUGAUGCUGGCGCUACCAACAUCAAAAGAGUAGUGGUUACAUCCAGUGAUGCGGCCAUAUACUCGUGCAAAGAUGAGGGAGAUCCAAGCCUCUCCUUUGAUGAAUCUCUGUGGAAUAAUACGACCCAUGAAGAGGCACUUUCAGGAGACGCCAUGAACGCAUACUACUAUAGCAAGGCCUGUGCAGAAAAACUCGCCUGGACGUUUGCUGAGAAGCCAAAUUUUCCUCCAAUGACAGUUGUGAAUCCCGUGUUUGUGUUCGGCCCUCAAGCAUUUGAUGCCGAUGUCUCUCUGACACUCAAUUUGUCCAACGAGACCCUCAACCAAGUUCUCAAGGCUGGCCCCGACGGAGAGUGGGAAAACGACAUGGGCGGAUUUAUUGACGUUCGUGAUAUUGCGCGCGCUCAUUUGGCUGCGUUUGAGCAGGAAAAUACCGUUGGAAAAAGACUCUACAUGACGAACGGCCAGUUCAGUGUUCAGAUGGUGCUAGACAUCCUCAACAGCCAGGUGCCGCAAUUGAAAGGACAGAUUCCUGUUGGAAAGCCUGGUCUGGGUCCCUCUGAUAUCUUGGCGUUGGCUAAAACGAACAAUGACGCUACCCGUAACUUGUUGGGCUUUGAAUUCGUUCCAUUAGAUCGGUGUGUGAUUGAUGUGGUUAACCAGGUGAAGGGAUUCAAGACAUAUUCAAAGAGUGUCUUGUAG